AUGCGCGUUACAGAUAUUGCAAAUGGCGGCACCUUGUUAUUGUUCAAUGGAGUUCGCAAAAUACCCUCAUUUCUAGCAGGAUUACCACCAAUCACAGGUUGGACUAUGGGCCCCCAAGAGGACUACAUAGAAACAGUCCUGACUUGUGAAGGGGAUUACUAUGAUCCAGAGUUCCCGGGCCAGCUGGAAAAAUUCAGUGAAUGCCUCUGCCGCCUUCUUCUUGAUGAGGAGCAACAGCUGAUCAUAAAGAAGGUGGAACCAUGGAACAGUGUCAAAGUAACGUUCAAUAUCCCCAAAGAGGCAGCCCAGCGUCUAAAACAGCUAGCAGAGCAAGGCAAUAAUGCGUUACGGGCACUUGGGGUGCUUGCAGUGCAAAUCGAAGGAGAUCGUGUCAUCUCUUUAACUUUGGCAGGGAAAAAUGACGAAAGGACAGAGUUAGUGCUACGAACUACUGAUGGGGCACCCCAAGGGGUGGCCCCAUCUACGUCUAUGUUUGAUAUGUCCAGUAAUGAUGAAUUAAAUGUGCCAGGACAGAGUAACGUAGAAGCUACUAGUAGAAAUAUAGCACAAUAUCUUAAAGGGGAUGGGUCCCCAGGAAUGUUUGACUCUUUAUUUAAUUUAUCGCAGUCUAGUGCAGGAAUGGACAUGUUUCGAUCGCCGAAUGUUGUGGCAACAAUGAGUGAACCUAUUCCAUUUCCGCCAUCAUUAUCACAAGGACAGUUUACUCAAAGUCGACAGCUGGGAAUUAGCACAACAACUGCUAGCCAAUUUAGCUAUCCUCCCGGUCGGAGCCCCACUGGUUAUCCUACAAGUCAAGGUAUUCCGUCGCCGGGUUAUAGUCGCAGUCCAAGUGCUAGUGGCAGUCCAAAGUUCCCGUCGCCCAUGCAGUCGCCAUCACCAAGCUCAUUCCAGACACCUCCAACCCCUCCACCUCCGUAUCCAAGUAUGCAAAACAUCAACAAUCUACCACGGAUGGUCUUGAACAAGGCCGGUAUGAUGCAGAGUCCUUUACUUGUGAACCUCUUACAAAAUGAGGCGGCACAACAAGCAGCCGCUGGUCAUACUAUGAAUAACUUACCACCCAAUAAGAUGCCUCCACCCCCUCCAGAAAUGAGCCCUCCACAGAAACGGAAACGGAAAAAGCAUAAAGAAAGUCGUAAGCAGCACAUUACAAUAGCACAAAUGACGACACCGACAACAUCGAAUUCUACGAAUUCAGACGCAAAGUCGGAGCAGCAGAAGAAACAACGGCAACAAACUAAGAUGGCGCCAGAAGAUAAGGAAAAAUUCAUAGCCCAUCUUGACGAUAUUAUGCAAAAUAUAAUCAAUCCAGACUCUCCAUCUGGUGCUACCAAUGAUGGUGACGACAGCAUGUCGCCUGUCCACGUAGCUGAUCGGAGUUUGACCUUUACUGCUGGUGAGGGGGAAUUGCAGUCAUCUGGUAGUCAAAGUGGGGGAUUGAAUCCUCCAAUAAACUCUGCGAGUAUCAACCAGUCCAGCACAGAACCAACAGAUAGUGUUCUAAAUAAGACCAUUCCUCAUCCUGUUCUCGGAUUAUCUGCAAGUUCUGGUACAAUGUUUUCUGGGACUGGGUUGGGUCCACCUCACACCAGUUCCUCUAUGAAGGGCGUGCGAGCACCUGGCGGAAAUAUUUAUUCAGGGAUGCCAUCUAUUGGAGCACAUACUUCUACCAUGUUCGCCAACCGUGGAAAUGUUGUUACUUCUGUCCAGGAACUAAUAGAAACUGCUUCAAAUCCUCUGUGUACUGGAACUGGCACGACCGGUGUCACAACGAUAUUUCGGAACACUCAAUCAACAUUUGGUAGUCGUGCUAGCGAAAAAUUAGGAUUAGGAUUUAGUGAGGCUGGGCCUAGUGGGAGUGUUGUAUGUACUGGAUCUUCAGUGUCCACAGCUGGACAAUCUUUCUCUGGAGCUGGUAACAGAGACUUGCCAAUAAAUACCUCGGCUCGAGUUUUACCGCCACCAGACCCUGAACCUGUUCAUGAUCCGUAUGAGGGUAUACCCCCUGGUACUGAGGUGAUCAUAAACCCGUAUACUGGACAGUUGGAACCUAUUGACAGUAUUAACGAUGGCUCAAUCGAAGGACUUGAUAAUGAUAGAAGUCACAAUAGUUCUAAGGAGAAGGUGACUGAAAAUAGUGAUAGUGUUUCACCAAAACACAAAAAUAAAUCGGAGGCAGCAAAAGAAAGGAGUCCUUUUCGGGCGUCUGGUCCGGAGGUCUCGCGUCAGGUUUUUGACCCAAGAGACACUAACUCUCUGGUGAAUGACAGUGGAGUUAAAUCAUUAGAUACUGCGCAUGAGUCUUUGUCCUCAGAUGGUCAUAAGGGCCUUGUGUCGAAGUCCAAUGCUGCGCCAGUCGUGUCCGCUAAUAACAGGGAACCAUCAAUUCAGAUCUCACAGACUAACACAGUAACUGUUCAUGGGGACCGCUCCCCCAGUUAUGGCAUUGGUACAUCUGGAGCCUUUACCUCAGUAUCUUCUAGUCAGUGUUUAGCGAGUAGUGUCAGUUCUGAUACAACCACAUCGUCUGUCCAGCAAGUACCUCAUAAUAGUCAUGGUGAAACAGAGUUUACUGAGAGCAACCUUGGAGCUGAGCAGACUCGUGUUACAGGGUAUAAUGAAAUCAGCACAGCCUCUGCGUCUGUGAAAAGUUCGUUGCCAUCCAUACGUUAUGCGGGUGCAAAUUCAGCAAAUGCUACAGGAUCAAAUGGCCCUUUAUCGCGAAGUCCAGGAAUGUCUCACUCAGUUGAAAAUUUCUCACGCCGUUCACCCGAAAACCGUGUGCAUACGUCACCGCGUGGAUCUCAUGGUUAUUCAGAGUCUUGUUCUAGUAAAUCUCCGGUGCAUGUGCGGUCACCAGUGCAAAUAAAUCACGCUAUGGAGAGUAUGAAACCUGUAUUAAGUGAGACAUUAUUCAAGGAUAAAUUCUUGUCAAAUAUUUCAUCUGGAUUACUCCGUUUAGAUGGUGAAAAAGACAGUUCUCAAGGAUGUAUCUCUUUGUCGGAACCAGUAGGAUUUACCCAACAUAUGGAUUCUAAUGUUAUGGCUUCUGUAGAUUCAAAUGCGUUUGACGUUUCGUCAGACAUGCAGAGUCGGAACUCGGUCCCUACACUGGGUCCAUCGCAGAUUGAUAAAAUCAAAUCUGAGAUCUCCAGCACGAAGGAUAACAUUGAGGAUCUAACUAAUAACAGUAUGACUAUGAAACCUAUUUUGCAUGACAGUGGUAAUGGGAAUCGACACAGCCCCAGUCAUAUGAAUUGUGAUGGACCUGUCAACCCAAAGCCCUCGUCAAACCAGCAGAACUUGGGGUUACAGAAAUCUCCAAUCCGAGUAACCAACCAUUGCCAAGACCACAACGAUAUGCCUGAAGUAAAUUCUGGUGACCAUGGUGAGGGAGUGGCACAAGACAGUACCCCAGUAUCAGACUGGAGCUCAACAGGGACAGGGAAAGCUACGACGGUUGUUGCCAAAUCACCAACUAUCACAGUAUCUACUAAUGAGCACGGUAACCGCACAGUGCAUCAUAAUGCUACGGACACGGUACACAGAAAUGUCGUGCCAAAUAUGGACGGACAGAAUCUUGGGAUUUGUAUCAAUGUACGACGGACAGACAGUGGUUACAUGUCGACAGAGCACAUAUCUGAAAACACUGAACAAAAUAAACUUCAUUGUGAUACAAAUAGGAUUGACGACAGUCAUGCGCAUAAUGCCAGUCAUGAAAAUGAGCGCAGUCAUAUGGAACAUGUUGAUGGCAAUAGCCACCAGGGGGAGGUAGUGGGUGAUGGUGCUAGAAUCUUGAAUGAGAAUAGUGUAGGAACUGCCAGUUAUUCAGAGGAGCAUUUAAAUUCGGAGGAAAACGAUAAAUUCAGUCAGUUAAACUUGAACACUGACGAUAUGACAAGUUUAGAAAAGAUCGCGUAUGAAAAGCUCCAGCAAGCGCGAUCAAAGGGAAUCUCGAUAUUGAAACCAUUGUAUGAUCGGGAUGCAGAGUUGAAUGACGAGAUGGUUAGUGAGCUGAAAGACUUGAAGGAUUGUGCUGUGGAUAUCUGUGCUAAAAUUCCUGGCAAAAAGGACGUUGCAAAGGUCGCCGUGUCACUUCCAAAUUCGGCGGUGUUGACAUCAUUGCAGCAAAAAUCGAAAAAUGUGCUAAGCAUUGAUAAGCUUUUGGAGGAGAGUAGUGCCAAACAGGUCAACAAAGUAGCAGCGGAAAUAACUGGUUUAAUGAAACAGGUGGUGAAGUCACCUCUAGAGAUGAGUCAGCAGGUACCAACACGAGUACCCAGUUCGAAAAAAGAGGAUGCGGGAAAUCGUUCCACCUCACCGCGGAACUGUACCCACAUGCCAAACUUGAUAAGCAAAUCAGGCCCAGACCUGUCGUUCUUCAACUCAUCACCUCAUCCAAUAACGGCACCGAUAUUUCCAUUUAAUUUAACGCAGUCUGUUAAAAAAGUUGUGGGACCUAUUCCUUCAAGUGAUCGACCGAUCAAAUUGAAACCACUGCCAUCUCCAAGUUCACCUAGGAGUACAUCCCCGAGAGGGCAUUCCUAUUCUCGGAGUAUGAGUCAGAGUAUGGAAACGUCGCCGAUAUUGUCGCGAGCUCAUACGUCACCAGUUAUGUCAUCGUUUAGCCGUAUGUCACCAAUUUCCUCGGCAAAUUUACCGGAUUCUAAUAUCUCACCUCCAAAAUCAACAGCAGUUUCUCCCUCGUCUUAUUAUCCGCCGCCAAGAAUGGAAAAAUCCCAGGAUAAUGCUCCUCUGAAAAAUACGGAAACAGUGAUGCGAUCUCAAAGUUAUGACUCUGACUUGUUGUCCUCUCAUGAGCAGGUAACCACAGAGAACGCUUUGACAAGUGUGGCUUCGGCGAGGAUAAGUACAAGUUUAUCCACUACCAUGUCUCGUUUACCGUGCGUGACUUCCACUGAAACAGGUCAACCGGUAGGUGUUAUGUGUAAGGGCAAUACCUGUGAGACUACACCGGUUAGCACAGGUGUAUCACUACAUAACCCGACGUCUGUUCUACCACCAGUUUCUCCCCCUGUGAAUAGUGCGUUGCCGCCAAAUCUGACUGAGGUCCCACUGCCUUUGGCAAUUGUCUCCUCCAACUCAGGAAAUCCAACUUCUUGUGAUAAACUGUCGUCUGAUAACCAUUCUGUAUCUUAUAACUCACAAACUUGUGCACCUAAUUCUGAUGUGCAUGCGUUGCCUUCAGUUCCAAGAGUAGAUGUGCUUGGCACCCCGUCCAAAUUAAAUGAGCCUCCAGUGCAUUUACCCAUGGAAAUGCACAAACCAAUGAUACAGCAUGAAGAGACUGGCCUGGCGCAAACUUCAUGUAAAUUAACGUUGUCAACAAAUAAGAUUUCUGAAAGAGACGGUGAGUUUCCUAACAAGUCUGGCACUGGAGAUCUAUUGGACCAUGUGUAUAUUCAACAAGAAGCUGGUCUCGUGGCAGGGUCCACGUCGUACCAGAAAACUCGAGAAAGUCCUACCUCUCUGGAUGGCGCAUCUGGCACAGAUUUAAUUCAGCCCAAGGUGGAAAUAAAGAUUGAAGACACGUCCCUGAUGGAUAAUGAAGUGAAGGCAGACAUUGUUCAGAGUGUGACUGCUAUGAAAAUGGAACCAGAGGAACUACCCCUCCAGGAUGAACCAAUGUCUGCUCCAUUGAGGACUCCUCGUGGCAGCACUGAGCAUAAGAAUGAGGAUACAAGCAGUGAAGUGGGUGAUCAACCUGAAAAUUUGGCAACAAAACCUUUACGUGGUAGGCGUACCGUUGUUGAGAGGCCCGAGUCACCAUCGCUUCGAGUUGGGCGGUCACAGCGUGUAAGGAGGAAGACACCAACGCCAUCUGAAGAAUUGGAUACUAAAAGUGAUACAACGGAUCGAUCUGAGUCUCCGAAACCUACACGGCCACAGCGAACGAAGCGGAGACUCCUUGAAGAUGGUGAAUUUCACGAACUCGUUGUUCCGAAAAAGCGAACCAGGACGUUAACUGAUGACUCGAUGGGGAGUAGUAAAACGGGGUAUAGUUUAGAUUCUAGUGAGGAUGAACUUAACUUAGGUGAAUAUUCGGGCAGUAGAAUGCGCGCAGGUUUAAAACACAAAGUGAAUGCGAAGAGUGACGAUAUUGAAAAUAUGGACAGGGUUUCUCCGAGGAAUCGUCGCCCAACACCAAAAAUGGAAGGAUUAGAUUUAAAACGUGGCGGGCGACAGAGUCGUAGCAACAGUCGGGGAGCGUCUGAUGGUACACCUAUGGAGGAGGGGCAAGAUAAUGGUGUGAAAGGCAAGCAGACGGGAGCAGGAUCUCGAGAAAGGAGGAAACCUAGCGAUGAAGGGGAGAAGAAUCAACCCAUGAAUACGAGAAGGAAUACAGAGCGUUCAAAGGCAAAAGAAAAAUCGCCUCCAAGAGGUACCAAAGAAAAGUCGCCAACACGUGGUGUUGUGAGAAGUCGCCGAAGUUCUCCUGCCCGGGAGAAGAAAGAACCAUCUCCGGAACCUGUCAAUGCCAACAGAAGGACAACUAGGUCAACAAAGCCAAAAGAUAACGCAGACUCCUUGCCGCCUCCCGCCAACAAACGUCGCAGGUCUUCACGUGAUCAUAGAUAGAAUAUGGCGACGUUGGCGUCUUACUCACCUUCAUCGUGCAAUAUGUAAAUAGCGUAACUGUACGAGUGGACUCGUCUCAUCUUGACCGCGAGAAACUCAACUCAUCCGAACCACAAGAGAACUCGCCAUCUCGAUGAUUGCAUACACAGUGUCCUGUAUACAGCCUCCAGAUUAGCACCAUUUGAUGUUAUAAUGUUUGGGUUAUUGUUAUGACAAAACAUGAUGAAAUUGGUCUGUGUUACAUUUCUGAAAAUAGGCCUACUUGUACUUUGGCUCUUGAUUUUGAUAUUCCACUUUAUUGGAGUAUCAGUAACAGAAAUCCCAACAGUAAUUAACUGAAAUUCUAUCAGUAAAAGAAAUCCCAACAGUAAUUUACUGAAAUUCUAUCAGUAAAAGAAAUCCCAACAGUAAUUAACUGAAAUUCUAUCAGUAAAAAAUUCCAAUAGUAAUUUACUGAAAUUCUAUCAGUAAAAGAAAUCCCGACAGUAAUUAAGCAGUGUGAUGCAUGAGGCGCACGCCAUCCUUUUGUCGGACAGCCACAAUUUUUCAGUUCACCUAUCCUAAAGUGGCAAAUAACUGCUUUUAAUCUUCUCCCAAAAAUGCAGACCAGGUAUUUGGGUGACGUCACAUCGUCAUGUGAGGUGAUGUCUCUGGAUUCUCCUGGUAGGAUGACAAUUCUUCGGUAAGAGAGUCGGAGUAUGAAUUAAUUGGACUUUUUCUCGGUACUUGGAGUUAUAUGAUAAUUUAGGGAUUUCUUUUGGUGACGAAACUGACUGUGAUUGGGUCUAUCUACUUUUUGCACGUUUUCCAAAUUCCGGGCAUCUACGCUCAAAUCAGACAUUUUUUUACUUCUCCUUUGCCUAACUACUAGUCAGUGGUCUUUUGUGGUACGGUGCAAAUACUCUUCACUUUGUGGCGACAUUUACCACCUUUGGUAUAAGUACUGUGUGAACCGUACUGGAAAAUUGGAAAAAAAUUGUGCCUUGUAAUUCCCGAAAAUUUCUGAAAAAUAUAAUUUUUACGUUUUAUAUUUUGGCAUAUUACAAAAUUUCUUUCCAUUUUCAAAGAAAAAAAUAAGCUUAUUUGUAACAUUCGUGCGAAAUAGAAUUCUUGCGAAAAUUUGGCAGUUAAAGGUGGCUUGAUUGAUUCCCGAGGGAAUCUCUUGAGUUGUGAAAUUGUUGAAACAGGUCAAAGAGUUGUGGGAUUGAGAAUUUGUUGGUGUGAGCUAUCUCAUUGACUCUUUUUAUGAAAGUCCUGGUUAAGUCAUAUUUCUUUGGAAUGGCGUCAUUGACUUUUCGCAGGGCUGCUUACUUUGUACACAAAAGUUUACAUUGUACACUUUGUGUGGCUGCCUUCUUGGACACUUUCGAUGUACAAAAUUGUAUGUUGUAUACACCAAAAGUGUACAGUGUAGACAUUUGGGGCCAUUGUACACAAAAUUUUUGUGACUGUUCACUGAAUUAGAAAGAAUUGUCUCCAAAAUACUUGAAAAUAAUGCUAAGUUUUAAAAAGCUUGUGAAAUGGUACACUUUCAGGUGCAAUUUAAAGCCAUUAUAUUCAAGGAGGUCCAUGUACAUGUCCAUGUCAUGGGUACUUAUAAGCAGCUCUGCGGGCCUUGGAAGUUACAAUCAUCUGUACAUCUCUACAUAGUAAAUUUACACACUUGAUCACACUGUACACACAGAGUUUUUCUUUGUUAUAAAAAAAGAUGUGUUUCAUAUUCUUAUCAUAAAGUUUUGAGGUUUACAAAAAAAUUAUCUGAAAUAUGUCUUGAUAUUCAUGAUAAACAUGAUAAAUGUCUUUUUAUAGAUUUUUUGCAAAAUUGUUCAUGGCUGUCUAUGUGAACAUUGCUGUCGUGUUUGGGUUGCACUGAUCUUUUUCAAACCAAGGAUCACUUUAAAAAUGUAAGUUACAUUGGUCAGUUACAAUUGGCAAUUCUUGUGUGGUUAUUGCGCAGGUCCAGUCCAGAAUUUAAAAUAUUAUUGUGCCGGUACACGUAGUUUAUCAGUGUAAAAACGUUUCUCAAAUUUAUAGUUGACUGUUCUUUAGUCUCAAAGUUGAAGUAGGGAGUGGGAAUUGCAAGUGAUGGGUAACCCCUGUAUUGAUGUUGUUGGAAGUAUUCCGAUAUUUUGGAGGCCAAAAGUUCAACAAGUACAUUGGGUACAUGCAGAUUGAGAAGAUUUGUCUGUGAUUGUUCAUGUCCAGAUGAAAGCAGUCAAUGUUUACCGGUAGUACUUCAAAUCGACUCUGGAAGAAAGUAGGUUCGGACAGUUGUUGUGGCAUCGAGAAAAAAAAGAUCCUUAAAAGUGACUAACGGGCAGUGGCGUUAAAAGUGUGUGCGGAGCUGUGGGACAUUUUUUUAACACCCGCAUGUGUCAUCAAUUCCAGUCAUAAGUUACUUUUUGUAUCGUGAAUACCUCAACAAGGUUGGCAUCAAGAACAUCGAACUCUUCAAGAGGUCUGUCUGGCGGUGGUGUUAAAAAGGUAUGAAGGAGUUGGAGGAAUUUUUUUUACCUCCCACACGUGACAUCCUUUUCGGUCAAAAGUUACUUUCUGCAUAAUGAAUAGAAAAUUCAAUUGAAAAUUUAUAAAGAUAUUCUGUAUUCCCUGUAGUCUCUUUGUUGGUUUGAAAUAGCAGACUAGAACACUGAAAAUAAUUGGCAAAUGUCCCUCGGGGGAAUGAAAACAAAUGUCUAUCUUUUGUGAUUCUUCGCGUUCACUGAUGCCAGGUCUUUUUACAAAAGUGUGAUUUUCUUACGUUACUGUAAAUCAGGUGCAUGUAAAUUGACUUUAGCUACAUGUAAUAGAGAAAAUGGGUUAGAAAGCAAUGGAUUCGCGUUGGUUGACAGAUUACCGUGCUUGUAAAUAGUUCACAUUUGAUGAAAAAUCGAAUCAUGGUUGGUGAUUGUGUGCCGUGAUACUGCGUCCUGUUGACGGACGGCAACCGUCUGAUUGAUACGAUUUAGUUUUCUGAAUUCGGAAAUGAAUCCUCUUUAUGAAAUUAUAGUAUCGAGUAGGGUUGUUUUCUCUGACGUGUGUAGACGCUUGAUCUUUAGAUUCUGUUGAAUUGAUUGACGUUGGACUUGGGCAGAUUGAAGAGUAAUUCGUUAGUAAUAUAUGUAAAUACAUGUUUGCCGAGUCCAUUCGUAUAGUUGCGCUAGCUCUGGCGUGCACCUCAACAGAUAUUUUAAAAUGUGAAAAAAACAAAUUUCUGUAAAUUUGUAUUUAAUAACUGCAUAAUUUAUGAUUGCAGAUAUUUAUUAUUAGCUUAAACUAAUGAUUCAUAUAUGUUGAGUCCAGUCAGGAUGCCAUAUAAAAACCAGUGUUUAGUUUGAUUUACCAAAGGUUAUUGUAUGUAAUGAACAGAUAGGUACAUAGAUCAACUGACACGCCCCUCUACUCAUGUAUAAAUAACGUCAUCAUCAUUUAUAAAUUUGUAAGCUGUCUCGGGUAACUUGACCAUACCGACUGUACAUGAACUACAUACUACCAUGUAUGUGAGCUGGUACAAUGCGGGUCAAGUAAGCCUGAGGCAGGCUUGAUGUCGGGCGACUAGCUGCUCUGCUGUAUAUAUUGCUAUUAUUUAGACUUAGUGUGUAGUCCUUGUCUUCUAUGUUUUGUCCACGACCUAUUGUGUAUAAUAAAAUCUUGUUGUAAAACCUUUGAAAGAUAAUGCAUUUAUCAUUCAUCGCAUUGGAAGAUGCACCAAUAUAAGAUAUAAAAUGUAAAUUCCUAGCUGUUUUUUUUUCAUGGCCAAGAAAACAUCGCAAACGCACGCACUUGUAUGGACUCAUCUCGAAAUACACUGCUGCAAAAAACUAAAUAUGUUUUCGUCUCAGACGUUGGAGGGGGUUGAUCACAUGAUCUUUAUUGCCUGAAGUUUAGUCUCUUUAGGUUUAUAAGGCUUCAAAUUCAAGCCAAAGGCCACUUUUGUUCUCUGUAAAUCUAAAAAUGUUUGCAAGGGUUCCAUUUUCGUGACUUCACCGUCUAACACAAACUUAAAAUGCACAAAUACUUCAACUCUUGUGCAUCUACCAUUGAAUUUUGGCAGCAGGCAUGGAAUUGUGUCUGUCCCCAACUUUGACUGGUAGCGUUGCAAAUAUUUUUAUGGUUUACAGUGGUCUUUUAGGGUGGGGUAGGGGAGAGACUAAAUAUCCGUCAAUUUCAGCCUUCAAUGUAUUUUGAGAUAAUCCCGAAAUAGUGCCACGUGAUUGGACCAUAUUUAGUGUUGCCUUGUAUAUGUGGCAUGAGGUUCUUGGUUCUUAAAUCCUCUUAACAGGUCUAACAAAGUCUUAACAUGGAACUAUGAAAAUCAUCUAUCCAGGUGAAUAUAAUAUAGAGUCUAACAUAGAUAUCCACGGAUCAUCGAGACAUAGAUGUACAGUAUUUUCAUUCUCUCAUGGUUUCUUCAUUCUGCCCAUUUUGUAUUUUUAUAUUCAGUAUUCUGUAAUAAAAUGUGCACUGUACAACCAUGAAUCUAGA